AUGUUGUCGCGCUCGCCUGUGAAUAAAAAAAACAAGUUAGGUUCGUCGCCCAAAAAAUAUUAUAAAAGGGAUAUUAAAAAUGAAAAUAUUUCAUGUAAGGAGGAAAAGAAUGGUGAUAAAAAGUGGGAAGACACCAAUUCCAUAUUCGGUAAAUCAAAAAAUAAAGAGAAAAAUAUGAUGUUAAAAAAUAUUAUAAUAUCAAAAAAUUCAAUUAAAAAUAAAAUAUGUAAGAGCAAAAGUUGUAUAGUAAAAAAAGAAAUGAACAAUAAAUUUGCUAGUUUGAAAAAGAAUAAAAGAAAAAUUAAUUUAAAUAAAUCAUCUAUUUUAUCUAUUAAAUCAAAAAUAACUAAAAUUAGUUCUUUGCUAAAAAAAAAUGAAAAUAAAGUUAAUAUGAUAAAUGAGGAGCAUACAAAAAAUAAGAAUCACCUUAGUCGUAAUAAAAUAGUUAACUCUUAUAAACUCUUAUAUGACAUAGAAAGCAUGAGAAAAAAUAAAAAAGAUAUAAUCUUAAUAAAAAAUGAAAAUAAUUCAAAGGAAAGAAAUAGUGUUUUAAUCAAAAGUAUCAUACACAAAUAUUACAGCGAAGGUAGAGACAUAAAGAAAAAAUAUAUAAAUGAUCAUAUUGGUAAUAAUAAUAAUAAUGAUGAUGAUGAUGAUGGUGAUGGUGAUGAUGAUGGUGAUGAUGGUGAUUGUAGUGAUAAUAAUCAUAAUAAUCAUUGUAAUAAUAAUCAUUGUAGCUAUAAUCAUAACUAUGUAUACUAUUACCCUUUCAAGAGACACACGUCAUAUAAUUCUCUACCUUGUAAUAUCAAAGAACAAGAAACAAAAGAAAAUGAAGAUCAGUUCGAUUCACAUAAUAUUCAAAAAUAUAACAUACACAAAAAAUAUACUAGCCUUACUCGUAGUAAUGAACCUUAUAAAAAUAACAUAAUGAUAAAAAAAUGUAACUCGCUCGUUCUACCCACGUUAAAUAAUAAAAAUGAAAUACAUAAAAAUGAAAUACAUAAAAAUGAUUGUUCUAAUGAUAUACAGAAAUAUAACCAUUUAUAUAAUUCUUAUGAUAAACAUAUAAAAUUAUGUAAUUUAAAUGAAGAUAAUAAUUUAUCUUCACAUAUAGAAGACAUUAAAAGAACUAAAGAGAAUAUUUCAAAUAAUUAUAUAACCUAUAAAAAAUAUGUAUUACAAAAAGGUUCUGAUAGGAUAUCUCACAAUGAAGAAGUGAAGAAUGAUAAAAAUUAUAUAAUGAAUCUUAAUGAUUAUAGUAAGGAAUAUUAUAACAAUAUAACAAAUGAAGGGGCUGUUACUAAUUUUUCUUUUAAUGUUGCUACUAUGGAGAAUGAAAAAAGUGUAAGCAAAAAUAUGGGGCAUACCACAAAUGGUAUGUCUAAUAUGAAUAAUAUGAAUAAUAUGAAUAAUAUAAAUGAUAUAAAUGAUAUAAAUGAUAUGUCUAAUAUGAAUUAUAUGAAUAAUAUAAAUGAUAUAAAUGAUAUGUCUAAUAUCAAUAAUGUGAAUACUUAUUAUCAUAGGGCAAAUACACAAAAGAUCUCAAAAAACAAACUUUAUCAUGAUCAAGAAGUAGAAGAAGAUAUUAUUAAUAAUGACAGAAGACAUGAUGAUUUAGAAGAAUCACUUUCUCAUUUAUCAGAUUCUUUUAAUUUAGAAUAUUUACCAGCGAUACCAGAUGAUAUAAACUUAAUAAGCAGUAAUGAUAAUUUCUUUAGUGUAUAUGGUAAAUCUAUCAAAUCCUCAUCUUUUUCAAACGAUUUUCAUAAGGAUCAAAAUAAAGAUCCAUACUGUCAAGAUAAUAUAAAACAAUACAAUGAAGAACAUUUAUAUGAAUCCUUAAGAAGUAAAGAUAGUCGAGAUAUACAAAAUAGUAACAACAUUGGUUUACAUAAAUCUAAAUAUUAUGACGAUGAUGAUGAUUUAAUAAUCAGUAUGUUUCAUGAUGAUCAGGAGAAUCAAAAUAUAAAAGAAGAUAAACAUUCUAAUGAUCAUUCUGAAGAGGCAUUGAAUGAAAAUAUAAGAAAUAUGGACAUUAUAGAAACAAAAAUGAAUAGCAUUAAUAAAUUGCAAGGGGUAGGAAAAGAUUUAGAUAAUAUAAAUAAUAUGAAAAGGUUUUAUAGUAUGGAUCAUAAAACAAAUAAAAAAUUGAAUCUAUCAGAUUAUUUCGAGAAUGAUGAAAAUGUAAGUAAGCAAAUGAAAAUAGAAGAAAGAAAUAUGAACAAUACAAAUAGUACAAACAAUAUUAAAAAUAUUAAAAAUAUUAAAAAUAUUAACAAUAUUAACAAUAUUAAAAAUAUUAAAAAUAUUGAAAAUAUUAACAAUAUUAACAAUAUUAACAAUAUUAACAAUAUUAACAAUAUUAACAAUAUUAACAAUAUUAACAAUAUGAAUGAUUCAGAUAUUUAUUAUGAUCAUGAAAAAAAUAAUUCCCCUUUAUAUAACGUUAAAGAAACAUAUGCGCAGAAAUCUCAAAAAUACACAUCAGAUGUAGAAGAAAAAAAAAAAAACACAAAAAAUAAUAUCAGAAGAGGCCUUUACUUAGCCUCUAAAAUUUUAAAAGAAAUACAUGAAGAAAAACAAAAAAAAAAGAAAAUAAAAAAAAAAGAAAACUUCUAUAAUUAUCUUGAUAAAAAUAAAUAUGAUAAUAAUUAUAUUCAUAACGAAACAUAUAAUAAUACAUAUUCAAAUACAAUUCCAGAAUUAUAUGAAAUUAAAAAAAAUAAAAAUAUCUUAUCUUCAUCAUAUGAUGAUUUUUAUUUAAACUUUAAAAAAAAAAAAAACAAUAUAAAUAAAAAUAAUAAUAUUCUUUGUGAUACAAAGUAUGAGAAUAGUGAUAUAAUGCCUAGUCCUAUAAAUAAUAAUUAUGUGAAUAAAAAUUAUGUGAAUAAAAAUUAUGUGAAUAAAAAUUAUGUGAAUAAAAAUUAUGUGCAUAAAAAUCAUGUGGAUAAAAAUUAUGUGGAUAAAAAUUAUGUGAAUAAAAAUCAUGUGGAUAAAAAUUAUGUGAAUAAAAAUCAUGUGGAUAAAAAUUAUGUGGAUAAUGAAUUUUUGAACUUGUCAGGCAAAAAUAAUAUUCUUGAAUAUUCUUUAAAUUCUUUAAAAGGAUAUAAUAAUAAUCAUAAUUAUAAUUAUGAUGAUGAUGAUGAUAGUUCAAUAAUACAUGUAGACAGUAUGGACGAUUUAAAAAUGUCUUAUGAGAGCGUAAGUUUGUUAAAUAAUUAUAGUUAUUCUUUAGAUAAUUCAAAAUGUAUAGAUUUAAAUAAUGCACGAAACAUAUAUAAAAGAUUAGAUAAACAAAAUGAUAAUAAUUUAAAUGAAGAGGAGAGAGAAAUAAGUAUCUCUUUAAAUGAACAGAAUUAUAACAUUUCAGAAGAACAAAAAGACAAUACUAUUAUUUUUGAUAUAAAUGAUGACACCACAACGAAAAAUAUUAAUAUUAAUAAUAUUAAUAUUAAUAAUAAUGAUGAUAAUAAUAAUAAUAAUAAUAUUAAUGAUGAUAAUAUAAAAACACAAGGUGAUUAUGAUAAAUAUUCAAAUGAACAUAUAGAAAAGGAAAACAACUUUAAUAUUAAAUAUUUAUAUUCUUCAUCUUCUAUAUAUAGUAAUACAUCAGAAUGUAGUAACAAAAAUUAUAUGAAAGAAAAAAAGAAUAUUCAUCUUUUGAAUAAGUCUAUUAAUGAUGAUUAUUAUGUAGAUUAUUUACCAUAUGAGUUUAAUAAGAUUAUUAUUAAAAAAAAUAAUAAUAGUAUAAAAGAAAAGAAAGAAAAUAUAAACAAUAAAAAUAAUAAUAAUAAAAGUAUAUAUAAAAAUCAAAAUAUAUAUAUAAACUUUUCAGAUGGUGAUAUACAAAUAAAUAAAAAUAAAAAACAUAGAGAAAAGGAAUUUUAUAAAAAGUAUAAACAAAAUAAUAUAAAAAAAAAAAAAAGUAAUAGUAAUAAAAAAUCUAAAAUAAAGAAAGAAAAUGAUAUAUCUAAUGUAACCAAAGAUAUUAUAAAUAUUAUAAAUACUAAAUGUGAAAUAAUGGAAAAAAAUGAUUAUUCUAAAAAAAUUAAUAAUAAUAUAUAUUCUAAUGAAAAUAAACAUAAAUCUAAUGAUGAAAAUAAACACAAAUCUAAUGAUGAAAAUAAACACAAAUCUAAUGAUGAAAAGGAAGAACACGAAGAAGAAUAUGAGAUAAUGCAUAAUGUGGAUGAUAAUAAAAAUAAUGAUCAUCUUUUAAAUGAUAAUAAUGUUAAUAUAACAGAUGAACCUAUAGAAGAAAAAGAUAUUUAUUAUGAUAAUUCAAACGGAAUAGGGAAUAAGAAUAUUGUAAAAAAUCGUAUGAGUAAUUCAAUGAAUAAUAUGUAUGAUUUAAAACAUAAAAAUUAUUAUAAGGAUGAAAAUGUUUUAGAUAAUGAUAUGCUUAAAGAUUUAAGACAUGUGUCCUUUGAAAAUAUUAAUUUUAAAGAUAAAAAAAAAAUAUAUUUGAAUGAGAACAUUCUAAAGAAAAAAAAAAAAAAAAAUUUAGAUGAUACUUAUAAUAAUUUAUUAAAAAAUAAAAGUUCUGAACAAAAUAAUACUAUUGGUAAAAAUUUAUCAACUAAAGAAUUUAAACUUACAUAUGAACAUGUUGAAAAUGAAAACGAAAUUUGUAUAUCUAAUAGUAAUUCUACAUUAUGUGAAGAUAUAAAUAAACAAAAUAAAUUAUCGAUCGAUAAUUCUAUUAAAAAUGAUACAAGGAAAUUAGAAGAGCUCUUGAAAAAUAUUUUAUAUACACUAAAAAAUGACAAAAGAGAAAAAAAUAUAAUAAAUAAAAUAAAUAAUAAUAAUAUUCAAGAUGAUCAUAAUAUUCUUUGUGAUAGUAAAAAUAUUUAUGAUCAUGAUGUUUUGUCGAAUUUAAAUAUAUUAGAUAAUCAACACAUAAAUGAAAACGUAUAUAAUAUAGAACCUCAAGAAUGUAUAGAAGAAAAAGAUAUCUCCAUGGUGAAUAGAAAAGAUUCUGAUGAUAUUCAAGAAGAAAUAAAAAAUGAUGAUAUGUCUAAUAGGUUUGCUAUUUUGGAAUAUAUAAGUCAUUGUAUAGAAAUUUUAAAAGAAGAAAGAGAUAAUAUAAAACAAGAAAGAGAUGAUAUAAAACAAGAAAGAGAUGAUAUAAAAAAAGAAAGAGAUGAUAUAAAAGAAGAAAGAGAUAAUAUAAAACAAGAAAGAGAUGAUAUACAAAAUGAAUAUGAUAAUAUAAAAAAAGAAAGAGAUGAUAUAAAAAAAGAAAGAGAUGAUAUAAAAAAAGAAAGAGAUAAUAUAAAAGAAGAAAGUGAUAAUAUAAAAAAAGAAAGAGAUGAUAUAAAAAAAGAAAGAGAUGAUAUACAAAAUAAAUAUGAUAAUAUAAAACAAGAACGAGAUGAUAUAAAAAAACACAAUGACACAUUAACAAAUAAAUGUAAUGAUAUACAAAAUGAAUAUGAUAAUAUAAAACAAGAAAGAGAUGAUAUACAAAAUGAAUAUGAUAAUAUAAAAAAACACAAUGACACAUUAACAAAUAAAUGUAAUGAUAUACAAAAUGAAUAUGAUAAUAUAAAACAAGAAAGAGAUUAUAUACAAAAUGAAUAUGAUAAUAUAAAAAAACAAAAUGACACAUUAACAAAUAAAUGUAAUGAUAUACAAAAUGAAUAUGAUAAUAUAAAAAAACAAAAUGACACAUUAACAAAUAAAUGUAAUGAACUACAAAAUAAAUUUUAUAAUAACAUAAUAGAUCUUCAAAAUAUGACAGAGAAAUAUGAUAAUCUACAAAAUAAAUACAAUAUAUUAAACGAACUAAAUAACUCAUUAGAAGAUAAAAAUGAAGAAUUAAAAAAAUAUCAUGAACAAGUCAUACAAGAAAGAGAUCAACUAAUAAAAGAAAAAGAAAGUAAUAAACAAGAAAUAGAAUCUUUAAAAAAUAAUGUAGAGGUGCUUAAUAUAGAUAAAUCAAAUUAUAUGAUCGAACAAAAUGAUAAUAUAAAUAAAAUAAAAAAAUUGAAUGAGGAAAAAAAAAAAUUAGAAGAAGAAAAAAAUAUAUUAAAUGAAGAAAAAAAUAUAUUAAAUGAAGAAAAAAAUAUAUUAGAAGAAGAAAAAAAAAUAUUAAAUGAAGAAAAAAAAAUAUUAAAUGAAGAAAAAAAUAUAUUAAAUGAAAAAAUAAAUAACAAAAAUGAUAUUCUCAUACAUAAGGAAGAAAAUAUAUUAUAUGAAAAAAAUAAAAGACAGGAAGAAAUAAAAGAAAAGGAAAAAUUACAAAAUGAAUUGUAUAUAAUUAAAAAAGAAUACGAUGAUUUAUUAAAUAAAUAUAAUGAGAAUAUAAAUGAAGAAAUAAAUAAUAUGAAAAAUAUUCUAAUUAAAAAAGAAGAAGAGAUAAAAGAAAUUAAACAAAAUAAAAUUGUAUUAAAAAAGGAUAUAGAUAUGUAUGUAAAUAAUAUACAUAUGUUAGAAAUUGAAAUGAAUAAAAUAAAAGAAGAAAAUGAUUUAAUAAAAAUAAAGAAUCUUGAAUUAUUAGAAAAAGAAAAUAUAAAUAAUAUAUAUCUAAGUAAGGAUAAUAAUAAAGAUAUAGAAAUGACAAGUAGCUUAAAUAAAACACAAACAUGUUAUAAUGAUAAUAUGAAUGAAUAUUUAUAUUUAAAUGUUGAUAAAAAUAUAUUAAAAAAUAUUUUUGAUAAUAAUACAAACAUGUUUAAUGACAGUUGGAAUGUAUUUAUGGAAAACAAAAAUGAUAAGUUGAUAAGCAUACAAGAAAAUCAUAAUAUGAAUGAAAAGAAUAAUGAAAAUAAAAAUGAUAUUGUCAAUAGUUAUAAUGAUCAUAAUAAUAAAUGUGAAUUAAAAAAUGAAUUAAAUUGUAAUUUCUUAUGGACACAUUAUGAAAAAAUAUUAAAAGAUAUAAAUCAUAUAAGUAUAGAUAAACUAAAAAUACAAUAUAAAGAUUUAUUAAAAGAAUAUAUAUUUUUAGAGCUCUUAGUUAUAGAAUAUGAAAAAAACAAUGUAGUAUUACAUGAAACUAAUAAAGAAAGAAAUAAAGAAAUAAAAGAGAUGAUUAAUUAUAAAAAUAUGUAUUUAGAAUUAGAAAAAUCAAAUCAAGAAUUAUAUGAUAAGUUGAAUGAAAUAAAUAAUGUCUUACAUAUUCGAGAUCAUAAUAAUGAAGAUAAUAAUAAUAUAAAGAAAGACAUUGAUAAUGAUGAUGAUAAUAAAAAUAAAAUAUGUAAUAGAAAAAGCUCAUCUAUAUACAUAGAAAUAUUAAACAAAACAUAUAAUAUAACAAAAAAUAUUGAUAUUAUAAAUGAAGAAAUAUUUAAUAUGAAAGAACAAAAAAAUGACAACAAUAUAAAACUUUCUAAUAUUUUAAUAUAUUUAAAUAUGAUAUCUACAGAUAUUAUGUUCAUACAUACAAAUAUAUCAUAUAUAAAUGAAUAUAUAAUGAAUAGUACUAUAUAUCUCGAUAUACAUCAUUUAAAAAACACUCUUCUUUUUAAUAUCUCUACAAAUGAAAAUAUAAAUAUGAAUAUAUCAUCAACAUUGUGUAAAGACACAAAUGAAAUAAAAAGGUAUGAUAAUAAGAUAAAAACAGGUAAUCAUAAUAUAUAUAUGGGUGGUAUGCAUGAUAUGGAUCAUAUAGAUAAUGAUCUUAAAAUGUGUGAUGAAGAACUAUUUAAGGAGAACGAAUUGAUUAAUAUCAAAAAUAAAAAUAUAAACCCAAAUAAUGAUGUAAAUAAUAAUAAUAAUGUAGAAUACAAUUAUAAUGAUAAUAUUAAAAAUGAACAUAUCCCAAUUAUAGAUAUGAACAUAAAAAACAAAAGAGAUAAUAUAACAAACAAUAUUAUAAACAAAUCAUAUGAUGAUCAUAUAGAAGAUGUAUUAACCUUUUUUGAAGUAUCCUUUUCUAGUGACCUUUUCUUAUUAUUAUGUCAUAUGUGUAAAUCGAUAAACGAAAUUAACUGCUCUUUAAGAAAAAAUGAUAUAAAUUCUUGUAACAACAAUUUAAUAUAUAUUAAGAAUGUAUUACAUGAUAUAAAUAAUUUUUAUAAUAAUGAAGAGAAUACAUCAUUUUUAGAUGUAUAUGUACAUUUAUUUGAUAUUUUUAAAAAGUCGGUAGAUAAAAUGUUGAAUAUUAUACAAGCAGAAAAAGAUUCAGAUAAAAUAUAUAAAAUGUUUGUGGAAGUUUAUUAUAUGAAAAAAAUUAUACGAUUUAUAAUAUUUUCUUUUUUUAAAUUUCACGAUAUAUAUUCAAUAUUUCAUAUAAAUAAAUUAGAUGGUGCAUCUAAUUGUGUAGGACCUAUUACAUGUAAGGAUGAUGAAAAGAAAGUGCAAAAUUAUGAUGAAGACAAAAAUAUAAACAUGGAGGAAAAAAAAAAAAAAAUGGGAAAACAUAUACAUAUAGAUGAUAAUAAAAUUAUAAUAAAUUCUGAUAUAUCACAUGUGUGUAAUGAAAUAAAUAAAUAUUAUUACAAUUAUUGGGAUGAAUAUCAUACAAGUGAUGAAAGAGAAAGAAAUGUAUAUUAUCAUCAUAUGAAUAAAAAAAAAAAAAAGAAAAAAGAAAAACAUAUUGAUAUAAACAAAAAGGAUGAAAGAGAUAUAAAUGAAAAGGAGGGAAAUAUAUUAUACUCUCUGAUGUUGAAAAUAUUAGAAUAUAAUUAUAAUUCACAUAUAAUACCCAAUAUUAUUUGUACUUAUGAAGAUAAAAAAAACAUAUUAAAUAAUGAUAAUAAAAUAUUGUUAUUUGAUGAAAAAAUAAAUUACGCUAAAUAUGUUUUUAAAAUAAUUUAUGAACAUAUGGAAUUAGGAAAUUUUAUUAUAAAUAGUAAUGAGUUUUUAAAUACAUUUGAAGAAAAAAGUUUAAAGAAUUAUCUAUACAAUAAUAUAUUUUUUAAAAAAAAUUAUAAUAUAAAUAUUGAUAUAAUACAUCAAUAUUUAAGUAUGUUAUUUAAACAAAAUAUAGGUAUAAAUUAUGAAUAUUAUUAUGAACAAUUUUUAUUAAUAUUAAAUAAAAUGAUAUUAAAUAUUUCAUCAAAUAAUAAUAUUCAUCAUUUAAAUACAACUAGUUGUGAAAAUAUUUUCUUCUUUGACAAUUUAAAUAUAGAAGAAAAUUAUAUAAACGAAUGUAUACAUGCAUCAUCACUUACAGAUUUACAGCACAAAAAUAAAAAUAAAAGUAUUAAUAAUAUAAACAAAAAUAAAAGUAUUAAUAAUAUAAAUAAAAAUAAAAUUCAUAAUAAUAGUCAUAAUAAUAAUAAUAUUAUUAGUCAUAAUAAUAAUGCUACACAAUUAAGAUCCUUAUCAUUUAAUACAACCACAUCCAAUAAAACCUUUACAACUAUUAAACAUGAAAAUCCAAUUAAUCAUAAUACAAACUAUAUAAUAAAUUACCCAUUGCUUGAUAUAGAUAAUAAAUAUAUGAGUGUAUUAUUUCAUAUGUGGCAAAAAAUGGAAUUAAACUUUUUUUCUAAGCAAUAUUAUUAUCAAAGUAAUAAAUAUAAAGAAACAAAAGAAAAAAAAAAAAAUAUUUUAUCUAAAUCAUGUACUUAUAAUAUAAAUAAUAAAAGAUUAAAAAAAAAUAUAUGGGGUACCAUCAAUAUUAAGGAUUCUACAACAAAAAAGAAAAUGUAUCAUCAUGAUGAUAAUAUCGAUUCACAAAAUGAAAAAAAAUAUAACAUGAAUAAAGAUACAAAUAAUAAUCAAAAUGAUUUGUAUGAUAAUAUUAUUAAUGAUGAUGUUUCUAAUAAUGAUUCUUUUAAUAAUUUACAUUUUGAUAACAAAUUGAAUGAACAGAACGAUACAGAAAAAAAAAAAAAAAAAAAAAAAAGUUUAAAAUAUUUUAACAAAUUUUCUUCUUUAAAUAAAAUGAAUACAUUUAAUUAUGAAACUGAUCUUACUUCUAAUGAUUAUUCAAUUGAUACAUAUUUAAAACUUAUGGUUUUUGAUAUAUUUAAAUGUAAUAAUGAAAAAAAAGAAAUAGGAAUUGAUGAUUUUAUUUUUGUUUUUAAACAAUUACAUAUAAAUAUUAAAACAAAUGUAAUUAAUUCAAUAUGGUGUAUAUUAACAGCCAAACAAAAUUUAAACACUGCAUUAAAAGAAAAAAUAACAAUCUCAACGUUUAUUAAAAAAGCAUAUACAACAAAUCCAUCACUUAUUUUUUUUGAAUACUGUAAAACUAAAGUACAAUUAAAAGAAGCCAACAAAAAUAUUAAACUGUUACAAAAGUAUAAUAAAAAAAUGUUACUCCUUGUAACAAAUUGA